AACGUGAAGGUUUGGAGCACAAUGCUGAACAAACACUUUCAGCGUCAGGUCAACUCACUCUGUGUACUCUGCCGACAUGAGGAGAGAGGGUGCACGUGGCAAGGAGAUGUGUCUACCUUUGACUCACACGUCCAGUUUUGUGCAAUGAAGUAUGCUCCACUGAUAAACACCAAAAUAAAUUCCCUUGUGUGUGGUAAAGAUGUUGAAAGGCAGCCCAUUGCAAAUUCUACAUCACAGAGUGGAGCUCUUCAGAAGGAUGAUAAGCUCAUUGUACAUUGCCAUUUUAAGGAAAGAGGACCACGAAAAUUGUACAGGGGAUCUGCCACCAGUGAUGACCAAUUUGCAUACUUCACACCAGUUGAUUCCACCUCGCUCUACCGAUAUGAAUGGAGCACAGAGAAAUGGAGGAGGCUU